AUGGCUCCUCGCUCAGUCUCCAAGACGGCCUCCAUGGACAUCCCCAAGUCGCGCGAUGCUCCUCGCCGCCACGGCAUGCUGCCGACGCCUCCGUCGUCCAUCUCCCCGUGUCUCAACCCCCAGGGCUUUAAGCACCGUGUCACCCAGGAGGUCCUCCACCAGUAUAACCUCCGCUCCCCACCGGCUUCCUCUUCCCUCGCUCCACACGACACCCAGCACGAGAUAGGCGCAGUAGACUCGGAUAUCGACCUGCAGGACACCGAAGACAGGCGUGUUCCUUCUGCUACCACCAAGGGCAAGGCUGACGUCUCAGGAGACAUCACCCCUGCCAUGCUGGCCAGACACCACCUGCCCGACAUCCUGCUCGCACACGGCCCGCUCGCCAUCAGACACAUCAUGGGGUACCUGACUACCUCUGUACCCGGGUUCGCCAUGAUACCGCCUGCCAAGGCUAGGAGACUGGUCGUGGCUGGUCUAGAGGGCAAGGCGUCUCUCUCGGCCAACGCUGACUCCAUGGACGACGGCGAGGUCGAGUUCGAAAAGGUCGGGAUGGGGUCGCUGGGACGCCUACCGUCGUGGGCCAGCAGAAGCGGGAAGGGAACCAUCAUCACACUGCCACUGAGCGUGCCGGCCACGUCAACAACCACCACCUUUCUCUGCCUCACUACUACGCCCCUGCAGACUCGCCCAUCUUCUCCCAUUCAGACUUCAACCAGGCCCAGGGACAUCGACGAGCCGGACAAGAUGUCCCUCGAUGACGACGGUGUUCAGCCAGCCACGCAUGUACUGCUCUUCCUCCGCCUUCCGGAGGAACCAGGCCUGAUUGACGGCGACUGGGACGAAGCUGACAUGACUGACGAAGAAGGCUGGGCCAACCAUCGGGGCGGAUGCACUUAG